AUGGGUUGUAACUCCUAAAAAUAGAGCAAAUCUGAGAAGCAUUAACCUAAAGGUGACUAAAAAUAAAACUUACAUCAUAACCAUGAAGCAGUUAAAUCAAAGCCUAUAAAAAAUUAAGAAGGAUAACCUAAAGAAAAUUAAAAUUUGCAAUCAUAACCUAAUGUAUAAAAGAAGGUAGGUGAAUUGUUUUAACUGGAAAAUUAAUAGAUUUACAGAAAUAAGAAGUUUCAAUCAGACUAUUUCAUUACGGAAGAUAAAAUAUCAAAUUAAAGCCAUCAAGGUAAACUGUUUAUUGUUGAACAUAAAGUUACAGGAUAGAAGAGAAUUGCUAAAGUUAUAAAAAAUGUCUUAACCGAUCAUUAAUUAUAAGAAUACAUUCAAUAUAUUUAAUCCAUAAAAAAAUUAGUAAUUAAAAAUUUUAUAUAAGGAUCAUCCAAAUAUUAUAAAGCUAUUAGAUGUUUAUAAUGAUGAAAAUCAUAUAUAUUUGGUUAAAGAAUAUUGUGAAGGAGGUAAUCUAAUUUAAAGAUUGCAAAAUGAAGCAAGUGAUUUAAAUAAGACACAUAUCGCAUUUACCAUACAGUAACUGUUGACAGCAGUAUGUUUUAUACACGCAUAAAAUCUGGUUCACAAAAACAUAUAGACAAAAAAUAUAUUCCUGGCGUAAAAAGAAACUUAUUUUUCCAAAAUAAGUGGCCAUGAAGAAAUUUUUUACAAUCAUCAAGAUCUAAACACUGAAAUUAGUUAUAGAGCACCUGAAACGUUCUCAAAUUUAUACAAAUGGCAGGCUUCAGCUGAUAUUUGGUCAAUUGGAAUUGUAUUAUAUGAAUUACUACUUGGAGUACAUCCAUUUAAAGAAAAGUAUAAGAAUUUAACCCUUGAAAAUAUCAAGGAGAAUAAAUUCAAAAAUUUGUCAGACUAUAAAUUAUUAGAAUAAGAAGCAAAAUCACUAAUAACUUUAAUGUUGAAUUAAGAUGAAAGAGCUAGACCUUCUGCUAAAGAAUGUCUACAACAUGACUUUUUUAAAUCUAUAAAAUAAUCUUCAUUGAAAGUAACAGGAGCUCUGCUGAGGGCAAAAAAUUUUAAAAGAAAUAAUGAAUUAAAAAUGAUAUUAAUAAGUUUAAUGAUAGAAUAUUUAUUACCAAAAGAAGAGAGAGAUAAAAUUGCAACAUCUUUUAACAAAAUUGAUACUGAUUUUGAUGGAAGGAUAUCAAAAAAGGAAUUAAUAAAAUUAUACUAAGAAAAUUUAGGCAAUGAUAACUUAGGGAGGAAAGAAGUUGAAGGGAUAUUUAAAAAAUUUGAUUUGAAUGAAGACUAAUACUUAGGAUUCAAUGAAUUUUUGAUUGCUACUUGUGAUAAAAAAAAAUUAUUAAGUGAUGAAAAUAUAAGAAUAUUUUUUAAUAAAUUAGAUUAAGACUGUAGUCGCCAAAUAUCAGCAAAUGAACUUAAAGUAUAUUUUGUCAAAACUAAGCUUACUGACAAUGAGUGGAUAGAAUUAAUGAAAUUAGGUGAUUCAAAAGAAUAAAAUAAUAAAUUAUCUUAUGAUGAAUUAGUAGAGUUACUAAAAGAAAAUGAAUGA